GCGCAUGCGCCUUCCGUCACACGUGUUGGUGUCUUCAGGAGCGCGCGGUGAAGAUGGCGGACAUGGACAUUGGUUCAGCCAAGAAAGAGAAGAGAAAGAAGACGAAGAAAGUUUCAGAUGAAGAAGUUGGGGAAAUUCAGGAGAGCGGUGAUUUUCUCAUCAAACCCGAGUCUCGGGUGGCCAGUUUGGACACAUCUCAAUGGCCGUUACUGUUGAAGAACUUUGAUAAGCUGAACAUCAGGACGGCUCACUACACUCCUCUGCCACACGGCUCCAAUCCGCUCAAGAGAAACAUACACGAUUACGUCAGGACCGGUUUCAUUAAUCUGGACAAGCCCGCUAACCCUUCGUCACACGAGGUUGUGGCCUGGAUCAAGAGAAUUCUGCGUGUCGAGAAGACGGGUCACAGCGGGACGCUGGAUCCUAAAGUGACGGGUUGUCUGAUCGUGUGUGUGGAGCGGGCCACGCGUCUGGUGAAAUCGCAGCAGAGCGCAGGCAAAGAGUAUGUGGGAAUCGUACGGCUGCACAGUGCGCUAGAGAACGAGCACCAGCUCGCCCGGGGUCUGGAGUGUUUAACAGGAGCUCUGUUUCAGAGACCACCUCUCAUCGCCGCCGUCAAGCGACAGCUCCGAGUGCGCACAAUAUAUGACAGCAAACUCAUCCAAUACGACCCAGAGAGAAGACUAGGUAUUUUCUGGGUGAGCUGUGAAGCGGGCACAUACAUCAGAACUCUGUGUGUUCAUCUGGGUCUGCUGCUGGGGGUCGGAGGUCAGAUGCAGGAGCUACGACGUGUCCGUUCGGGUGUUAUGGGAGAAAAGGAUAACAUGGUGAGCAUGCACGAUGUGCUGGACGCUCAGUGGCAGUUUGAUCACAACAAAGAUGAGUCGUAUCUGAGACGAGUCAUCUACCCGCUGGAGAAACUGCUCAUCUCCUACAAGAGAAUCGUCAUGAAGGACAGCGCUGUGAACGCAAUAUGUUACGGUGCUAAGAUCAUGUUACCCGGCGUCCUGCGAUAUGAAGAUGGGAUCGAGAUGAAUCAGGACAUUGUGGUCAUAACCACCAAAGGAGAAGCCAUCUGUACAGCGAUCGCGCUCAUGACCACAGCUGUCAUCUCCACGUGUGACCACGGUGUCGUCGCCAAGAUCAAGAGGGUCAUCAUGGAGCGAGAUACCUAUCCACGCAAAUGGGGACUCGGGCCGAAGGCGAGCCAGAAGAAGAUGAUGAUUCAGAAAGGACUUCUGAGCAAACACGGCAAACCCAACGACAGCACGCCAGCCAACUGGAAGGACAGUUAUGUGGAUUACAGCGCUCCCACAGCACAAGCCCUGCAGGACACUGAAGCUGGAGGAAAGAGGAAGCGAGGCGACAGCGGCAGUGACAAUGAUGCAGCUGCUCAGCCAGUCAAGAAGGAAAAGAAAAAGAAGAAAGUGAAGAAGGAGAAACAGGCAGAGGAGACGCCGAGUGAGCCUCCAGCAGAGGAAGACACUGAGGUCACAGAAAGCGCAAAGAAGAAAAAGAAGAAAAAGGUGAAGGAUUCAAACGGAGCGUCAGAAUGAACACUGGGACUGAUGACGGAGAGGCUGUGAGAUCAGAUGUCUGUCGGAGCUGAUUUUCAACAGCUAUUAUUGUUCUUCUCGUGAAACCCUGAUUGCUGGGGUGUGUUCAUGUGUUUUUUAUUGUAAAUAGUGAAAAUGUAAUCCUGAACUUAUGAAAUGAAAGCUGACUUUGUUUUAUA